AUGGAGAAAAAACGAGAGAUUUGUGAGUACAGAGAGAGACUUGACAAGACCUUGGCGUCUCCUGAGCUAACUAAUGAGCAAACUCUAAAAACCCUAAUCAGAAAUCAGCUAAAUCAAGAAGAGUGUAAUGUGGAUAUAUUGGAUAAAAGAGUAGCUGAUUUAUCUAGUAUACUUGAGAAGCUUAGGAGUGUAUCAACAGAGGAUCAAGAUUUGUCUAGAUCAACCAACGAAGCAUCUUCUGGUGAUUGGAAAGUGAAGCAUGAUCAUGAAGAUUGUCGUGUUAUGUACCGUGAAGGAUUUGAUGGAAGUCCAUUUCACACGUUGCUCGUUGAAGGUUACAUGGAUGGGCCUAUCCAAGACUGUAAAAGGAAAGUAAUGGUUUCUAUGUUUUUUAGGUGGCCAAACUCUGUAUUUCCAGCAUUCAGGAUCUUACAAACUAAAUGUUUGCAAAAGUUUCGGAUCAAUGAACAGAUAUGUUUAGUGAGGUCAGUUGCUUUCUAUUUUCUUGAAGCUAAUCUAAAUCUGGACAUUUUGAUGAUAUUAUUUUUUGUGGAAGAAAGGGUGAAAGUACCAUGGCCAAUGACAAACAGAGAAGCUAUUGUGCAAUUUUUCUUAUUUGAAUACUUUAAAGAUGGUUUAGCUAUCAUCCUACUCAACUCGGUAAAACCAUCAGAGAGCAUUGGUAUAUCUGAAGAAGCAGUGAAUGCUGUGAGGAUUGAUUUAGUAGGUGGAGUUGCUAUACAAAAGGUGUCUCCUGAGAGGAGUUACUUGAGAUACAUAGCGGAGUUCGAUCUAAAGCUGGACUUGAUCCCUCCAUCUCUGAUAAAUUUUAUGUCUAGGCAGCUCCUUGGCAACGGUUUCAGACUUUUCAAGAAGACUAUUGGUUCUGUGGCUAAAUCAGAAGAUUACAUAAGAGUUUUAGAAGAUCCAUUGUACACUCGUAUACGUGAAGCUAUGUGUUCUACUGAUAACACUGAUGAAAAUUUCCAAGCAAGUGAACUUGCACGGCCUCUCAGAGGAAAUGUUCAUGAGAUUGAGGAAGAAGAAUGUGAUGAUGAUGAUAAUGAAGAAGAAGAUAAAAGUGUUACUUCUUAUUCUUCCUCAGAAGAGGAAGAAAAUUUCAUUGGGAAGAAGAUUCAAAACAACAAUGGUAAAACGCUUUUCUGCGUAAGUCCAGAGGUGAAACAAGCAUUAGGGACACUAGAGAGAGUGAUGUCUAUGGUUAGAAAAUCAAGAACAGAUAGGAAUACCUCAACCUCUUCAGAGGAAGAAGAAGAAGGGUCAUCAUCAUCAACAAAACAACAUUCAGAGAGCAUUGCGAUUGUUUCGAGUAGCAAAGUUUGUAUCCAAGAUCCUAAAACUGAAGUUCUUGAUUAUCACAACUACAAGAACAGCAACAGCAAUAGGGGAGGUGGAUCAAGUUCUUUUGCUGCAUCUCCCAAGAUGGAUCUUACAACAAACUCUGAACAGGUCACAAGGAUAACAAUCUCACAAGCCACAACUCUUUUCAGCCAAACAGAAGACAAUAAGAGCGACGACAAACCAAGCGGUUUUAGUGGAGGUAAGAGCUCGGUUAUGCAGAGAAAACAUAGACCAAGCUGCUUCGGAAUCAGGUCAUGGAUGAGAAGGACUUGA